UGGUGCGAGUGAUGGUGUUGAACAAACUCAGAAGAGGACAGCAGCUUUCUUUGCCAGAAGACAGAAAACAAUCUGUUCUUGACCAGGGAGGUGGUUGCAGUACGUAGUGCAGUGUCAGUCUUACUCGCGGAGAGCCAGUGCAGUGUCAGUGAACAGGAGUCAUCCGUACCAGCACUAGUCGUGACGCAGGGCUUGUAGACGUUGACGAUGACAGACAAGUCAGACCUGCCGCCGUUCCCGUCCAAUCCGCACCUGGCCGAGCUGAACCCGGACAAGCUGUAUCACAUUGGCUACAGCACUGAUGAUGACCUCAAGCAACUCUUCGGGGACGUCAAAUUUGUGUGUAUGGGUGGGUCGACGACACGAAUGGCCAACUUUGCGGCACUGGUGCAGAAGUCUCUCGCUGACGUGCCGGGUGUGAGGGAUGCACAGUCCCCUUGUCCGCCGGAGAACAUCUCCAGAUCGGAUCGCUACGUCAUGUACAAGAUCGGACCCGUCCUCUCCGUCAAUCAUGGCAUGGGCUUUUCCUCCGUGUCUAUUCUGCUGCAUGAGAUCAUCAAGCUGCUGUACUACGCUGGGUGUGAUGACCCGGUCAUCAUCCGAAUCGGCACGUCGGGAGGCAUUGGUAUUGCACCAGGCACUGUCGUCGUUACUAAGCAGCCGUUCAAUGCCGAGAUACAACCCCACCACAAUGUGAUUGUUGCUGGCAAAGUUGCACAGCGCGAGUCCUACAUGGAUGAGAAGACGAGAAAAGACAUCAUUGCGUGUGGUCAGCGUCUUGAUGAUGUGAGUGUUGUCGCAGGCAACACAAUGAGUACGGAUGACUUUUACGAAGGUCAAGGCAGGCUGGACGGCGCCGUCUGCAAAACAGACCUGGCGACGAAGAUGGCGUUCCUGGAGCAAGCGAAGGACAAGGGUGUCGUCAACAUUGAGAUGGAGUGUGUCGUGAUGGGUGCACUGUGCCACGCUAGUCGUGUGCGCUGUGCGUGCGUCUGCGUCACUCUACUUAACCGCCUCAACGGUGAUCAGGUGAACAUGACCAAGGAGCAACAUGACCGGUAUCAGGCACAUCCGCAACAGGUCGUCAUUGCGUACAUGCGUAGUGUGUUGACUGGAGAAGCCAAUGGUGAUGAGCCCAGUGCGAAAAAGUCGCGCUUGUAAUUCUGAACAGGGAAUACUGCCAUACAUGCGACCAUGCGUGUGGCGCACCUAGCUCGAGAUGUACGUCAUGUUCCGGAAACCCCGCGACGUGAGCCGCAGCGCAGCCACAACCAAACGUUCUUUGUAUAUAAAUAUUUGAGGACAUGCACAUUCUCACCUCUAUCAUUGCUGCCUGGGAAGGGCGCUUUGUCGCCGUGUGGCACCGUCCGAUCUACUCAAGUCUUGCCUACCACACCCAAGUGGUACUGCUCUCUACAUUGAGUUAGUCUGGUCGCCGACAACCAUGCCGGACGAAUUUUUACGGAGCGACAAUUUUCCGCAGGAUGCUUGCCACUUUUCGUUAUAUUUGAAACUAUCCUGUUGUUCCACCAUUGCAUUGCAGCAGACUUGCCAUAGCGCUAUGCACUGACAAUACUGUCUUUAUUUCCUCAGCGGAAGUCUCUUGUGCACAUCCGCCGCCUAUUUUACUUCACAUUGUCCGUAGCAGGAGUGUAUAUCUCCGAAAGCGGAAAUUCACGGAACAGUGUCCACGUACGUACGUGCGUAAGCAUGCCAGGGUUUAUUAUUUUCGUCAUGUGUAGCAGUGUGACAGCCCCGGUUUGAUUUUCGGGCCAAACGUCUUCCUUUUUUCUGCGGUGUUCUGCCGGUGAUUUUUCCACCCUUGUUGUAUUACGUCUGGGUUGUUCACGAGUCGCUUCUGGAUUCCACUUUCGCCAGGUGUUUACGUUUUUAGCAGUGCAUCUACGCCAUGGCAGUACAUUUAGCAACUUGUUACGAAUUAUUUCUUUUAAAAUUUAUUUUUCUAUGAUGUCACGGUAGAAUUGUACUUACAUGUUCCAAUUGGUAGCGUUUGUGACUAUUUUCUAGCGCUACCGACGAAAUGAGUAAGCCAAUUUUGUUUUGGAGCCUAAUUGGUACUUUGUGAUGAACUUCA